AUGCCUUAUGAUAGCUGGACGACGUCUAUCCGGCUAAAAGUCCUUGGCAGCAAGAACCUACACGAAGCGACUGCCGACCUCCCGCUGGACUUCUUCCUUAUGACGACUAACUCUUACACGGACGCGCUGGCCCGUCUGCGCCGCUCCCAAGGCAAACCUGCGUGCGCCGUGGUUCUUCCCAUGGUCCUGGGAGUCGGCGUCGUGGCGCAGAACCUCGAGAUAGAAGACUCUCUGAAGCGCAUGGGCAUGUAUGGCAUCGAGGAAGAGGCGCUGCUGGACUCGUUCGAGGUCGCCAUCCUGGAGCAGCAGCAGCAGCAGCAGCAGCAGCAGCAGCAGCAGUACCAGGGCGGCUGA